CGUGACAGCAUCCAGUUGCCUGUCCGGACUCUCUCAGCAUUCGCCGCCGUCCUUCCCGGUCGGAGCUCCGGCGCCGCGAUGAUCCGACCUAUCGCCGAGAGAAAAGUGACGGCACCACAAUUUUCCUGGGCCCGCCGUCACCACCAAUUCCGGUGACUGCAACUUGCUCGGCUUUGCGUCGCCUUUUCACCCCCACGCCCUUCUCAAACAGAUCUUUAUCGUCUCCUUUCAAUAGGCGAAGAAGGGCAUUUUACACAAUGUUGCGACAAUUUGCUGCUCGGUUGCAGCCUCGGGCCGCAAAGGUCCAGCCUUCAAGGCUGCUGAGUACGCAUAGCAAGUUUGGUGCUCUGAAGACACAGGUGCCGAGACGGUCGUUGGCGACGGUAGCCGUGGAGGGAAUACCAAAGGAGCCUACAGAAUUGGACGAAAUCACAACACUAUCGAAUGGCCUGCGAGUUGCUUCGGAAGCUCUGCCGGGCUCGUUUUCCGGAGUGGGAGUGUACGUCGAAGCUGGAUCGCGAUUCGAAAAUGAUUCCCUGCGAGGCGUUUCCCACAUCAUGGAUCGAUUAGCCUUCAAAUCCACCUCCAAGCACUCCGCAGACGAAAUGCUGGCCCGCGUGGAAACGCUCGGCGGAAACAUCCAGUGCGCAUCCUCGCGAGAGAGCAUGAUGUACCAGGCUGCCACCUUCAACAGCGCAGUGCCGGAAACUGUUGCGCUGCUGGCGGAGACGAUUCGCGACCCGCGCAUCACGGAGGACGAGGUGGCCGAGCAGAUUGAGACUGCGCGGUACGAAAUUGCUGAGAUUUGGAGCAAGCCUGAGCUGAUCCUGCCGGAGCUGGUGCACACGGCUGCGUUCAAGGAUAAUACGCUGGGGAACCCGCUGCUAUGCCCCGAAGAGAGGCUGGAGGUCAUUGAUAGGGACACGGUGAAGCUGUAUAGAGACUUGUUUUACCGACCUGAGAGAAUGGUACUGGCGUUUGCGGGAGUGGAUCACGGCACGGCAGUGAAGCUGGCGGAGGAGUACUUUGGCGAUAUGAAUGCAUUGCCGAGGACGGGGUCAGAAACCAGCGUGGACUCGCUUGCUAGCGACGCAUCAGCAUCUUCUUCUUCCUCAGCAUCUUCCUCAUCAUCAAACCCCUCUUCACGAUUAAUGUCCAAGAUUCCCCUCUUCAAGAACAUCUCUACAUCCACGCCCCGCAACGCCUCUGUGCUCUCCUCUCCUUCAGAAAUCGACAUCAACCAGCCUUCUCGAUACACCGGUGGAUUCCUCUCUCUUCCUCCUCAGCCGCCUUCUCUCACCGGCACAAACUUUACACACAUUCAUCUCGCCUUUGAGGGACUGCCUGUUGCUUCAGAUGAUAUCUAUGCGCUGGCAACACUGCAGACGCUGCUCGGUGGAGGGGGAUCUUUCUCUGCCGGUGGGCCGGGCAAGGGCAUGUACUCUCGCCUGUACACCAAUGUACUCAAUCAGCACGGCUGGGUGGAAUCAUGCGUCGCCUUCAACCACUCAUACACGGAUUCCGGUCUGUUUGGAAUUUCGGCAUCCUGCCUGCCGGGACACACAUCGGCCAUGCUGGACGUCAUGUGCCAGGAGCUCCGCGCCCUGACCCUCGAGCGGGGCAUCUCGAAGCUCCAAGAGGGCGAGGUGACACGUGCCAAGAACCAGCUGCGGUCAUCGCUGCUGAUGAACCUGGAGAGCCGGAUGGUGGAGCUGGAGGAUCUGGGCCGGUCGGUGCAGGUGCACAAGCGCAAGAUCCCCGUGCGGGAGAUGUGCCGGCGGAUCGAGAACCUGACGGUGAGGGACCUGCAGCGGGUAGCGGGCAUGGUGAUGGGCGGCGCGGUGCAGAACGUGGGUGGGGGCAGUGGCGCGCCGACGGUGGUGGUGCAGGAGGCGCAGGCGUAUGGGGUGACGACGCAUGCCAUGACGUGGGAUCAGAUUCAGGAUCGGAUUGAUGGGUGGAAGUUGGGGAAGAGGAACUGAGAUAUUUUCUGUUUCUCUAGAUUAGAUGGAUGGAUGGAUGGGGAGGGAUAUGAUAUAGGCAUUAAGAUAAAAAGAUAUGGCAUAUGUGUUUUGGCAUGAACAUGGGCGGGCGCUGUUGGGAUGAUAUAUAUAAAUGUAUACAUACGAACAGGUACCUGGUGGAAAGGUGUAUUUUGUAAGAGUAUUUGUAUAGGGUUUAAGAUAUUGGGAUAUUAUGCUCUGUUAUGUUAUGACGCUGUUGUGCUUUGUUGAUGCCUGCUAAGAUGAUGAUUUAAAGGGUGAGAUGGGGGGAUGGAUCUGGUAUGAAGCAUAAGACGAUACCGGACUAUAGCGUUAUUGACUUUGUGAGCGUAAUCAAUCUCGAUGCUAGAACUGUGGAUGGUGUUUUGAGUUAUUAGAAGCAAAUG